CCAGAAGUCGGAAAGUCACAUUUCUCCAGUGCGUCAAAACGAAAGACCGGGGAAGAUGGACUUAAGAACCACAGUUCUUUUUUCGUAUAUAGGGUAAACCAGCUACUAUACCCACACUACCUUGAAAACUUGUUGACUGACUUUGGAGAUAGCCUGUUGUGAUAUGCCUCGCGCACUGUUACUACUGUGCGCGCACCUGAGGCAGGAGACAAUGUUUGUAUAGUCUGACCAUGUUGUGAAUUAGAAACAUUAGGGUUCAACUGUGGGAACAGUUGAUUUUUGAAAGCAUUAAUUUAAUCAUGCAGUCCGAUAAAAUUGAUGGUGUGGAGACCCUUGAUAACGCUUCUACAUUUGGAAUAGUUGAGAAGAUAGUUAAGACAACCGGUGGACAGAUGUUGCCGUAUGGACCGCUAGUCUGGAAGGGUCUAAAUGCACCUGCAUAAUGCCGUCAUACAUGGGUUUUAAGAGAGAAGAGGACUUUUUAACAGGGAAGCCAGAAACCAGUGCGUGAGACUACCCUGUCCAAGUUUACUUGGUUACAACAAACGCUUUCCAAAGAGAUGGCUUCCGAAGUGGUGUGUGGACUGAUCUUCAGAUUGCUCCUUCCAGUAUGUCUAGCUUCAGCUUGCUUCUUCAGGUACAACGGCCUGUCCUUUGUCUACCUCAUCUAUCUCCUGCUCAUUCCGCUCUUCGCAGAACCUACGAGCACAACAAUGCAGGGCCACACCGGGCGUCUGCUCAUGUCGCUGUGUUUCACCAGUAUGACAUUCCUACUUUUUCACAUCAUCUAUCAGAUCACCGUCAACAGCCUUUUGGCAGCCAACUCCAUCGACCCUGGCUUCAAUUGUUCCAUGUGGGAGAAAUCCAUAAGACAAAUAGGCUUUGAGAGUGUGAUUGGGGCGGAUGCAGGGAAUGGCAUCCGGGUGUUCAUCCCUGACAUUGGGAUGUUCAUGGCUGGUCUGGCCACCUGGCUGCUGUGUCGCAGUCUGGUACACCACAAGAGGCCUCCUGAGGAAAUGGCCCAGGACAACACAGAAUACCAACCUGAGGACCAGGAGGAAGAGGAGAAGCUGAGCCUGGAAGACAACAUCUUGUUUGAGGAAGACUUUGAGGCAGGGUACGAGGCAGAGGAAGAGGACGAGGAGCGCGGGGAGGGGGAGGAAGAGGAGGACGAAGAGGAGGUCGAGGAGAGCACCAAAAUGAAGAUCCUGCGCCGCGUGGCGGGAGUGGCGUCCAAAGCGAAGGAGAUCAUCGGCAACCUGAUCACCACAGCAGGGAAAGUGGUCGUCACCAUCCUGCUCGGCUUGACAGGUAUCAUGCUCCCCUCGCUGACCUCAGCAGUCUACUUCUUUGUCUUCCUGGGCCUGUGCACCUGGUGGUCCUUCUGCAAGACGUUCGACACGCUCAUAUUCAGCUGCAUGUGCGUGCUCAUGGCCAUCUUCAGCGCCGGACACCUCAUCGUGCUCUACCUUUACCAGUUCCAGUUCUUCCAGGAGGUCAUUCCUCCACGGGACAGCUUCAUCAGCCUGUUUGGUGUCUCGUCCAUCGUGCAGAGCGACUGCUCCCAGACGUGGAGACUCAUAGUGAACCCUCAGCUAAAGUGGCACCACUUUGUCAACCCCAUCAUGCUGCUGGUGCUGUACUACACCCUGGCCACCCUGAUCCGCCUGUGGCUGCAGGAACCUCUCGACCCGGAGGAAGAGGAGGAUGAUAUAAAUGAAGAGGAGGAGGUUAUCGUGAAUGGCACCAGUAAUUCAGCCGACAAGAAGAGGCAGCUCUGGUGGAAGGCACAUCAAAAAACCGAGGACAGAAACCUCCUCUCUACGCAAGGCGGCUUCAGCACCUCAGAGGGUCUCGUGGUUACUUCCAAUGGGACAUCUGUGGACUACAUGCCCACCAUCAACUCCACUGAGAAUGGACCACCCUGUCUGGACCUGUACUCCACCCCCCUGUACAAAAUGGACAAGUCCAACGCCAUCACAGAAAAGAGGGAUGCGGGUGUGUAUGAGGUUGGGCAGGGUCAGGAGGAGAUCCUGAUGGUGGAGGGGGGAGAUGAGCCGAAAGAGGAGGAGGGGGAAGAGGAGGAGGCGGAGGAUGAGAAGGAGCCAGGCAAGAUCAGCUCUGCCGUCACCGUCUUCAGGUUCAUCAUGAAGCAAAGCUACAUCUGCGCUCUCAUCGCCAUGAUGGCGUGGAGCAUCACCUACGUGAGCUGGCUGACGUUUGUCUUCCUGAUCUGGUCGUGCACGUUGUGGAUGGUGAGGGACCGGCGGCGCUACGCCAUGCUGACCUCCCCCUUCAUGGUGCUGUAUGGGGACCUGCUGCUCGUGCUGCAGUACAUCUGGAGCUUUGAGAUCCUGGAGCCCAUCCCCGGCCUCUUCCUCAAGAAGAAGGUGCCCUUCAGCGAGCUGGGCUCCAAGGUCCUGUGUCUGCUCAGUUUCUGGCUGCUGCUGAGACAGACUCUGACAGAGAGGCAGGACAGGCAGAAGGAGGAGGCUGCUGUCCUCACCAAUGUCCAAGUGGACGACCAGAAGAAAGACCAAGAAGUGGAGGAGGAGAGUGAAGAUGCGGGCGAGCCAGAUAUCAUGCAGGUCCUGGGGAACAUGGUCAUGGCUCUGCUGGUCAAGUACUGGAUCUACAUCUGCGGAGGAAUGUUCUUCUUCGUCAGCUUUGAGGGACGCAUUGUCAUGUACAAGAUCAUCUACAUGAUGCUUUUCUUGUUCUGUGUGGCACUCUAUCAGGUGCACUAUGAGUACUGGAGGAGGAUCCUGAAGUACUUCUGGAUGUCAGUGGUGAUGUACACCAUGCUGGUCCUCAUCCUGGUGUACACCUUCCAGUUUGAGACUUCUCUGCCCUUCUGGGUUAACUUGACGGGCAUGAGCAAGGAAAAGCUGAAGGACCUUGGUCUGGAGCGGUUCUCUGUCUCCGUGCUCUUCACCAGGAUCUUCAUCCCCACCUCCUUCCUGCUGGUGUGCAUCCUACACCUGCACUACUUCCACGACCGUUUCCUAGAGCUCACUGACCUGAAGGCUGUGGCUGCCAAGCAGGACAGCAGCAUCUACAGCCACGCUAAAGUUAAUGGCCGUGUCUAUCUGAUCAUGAACAGCAUCAAGCAAAAAAUCCCUUCUCCACAGAGCAAACUGGUGACCCAGGACGGCAGUCUGGCUGAUAUCGCCAUGCUCAGUACGUCCUCCAUGGACGGAGGGACCCCGAGGGACGAGGACAGAGAGAUAGACAAGGAGCAGGCCUUGGUGGUGGUGAUGGAUGACAUGGAGGUGGAGAAGCAGCAGAAGAGCUCUGUGGCCUCAGACCCCCGCCCAUCCAGCACUGAGGAGAGCCGUCACACCAGCGUGGGGACCGAGCCAGACCCAGAACCCCCAACAGAACAGACCUCAGAUCUGAAGAACAAGUGGCACCUGGUGGUGGACCGACUGACUGUGCUGUUCCUCAAGUUCCUGGAGUAUUUCCACAAGCUGCAGCUCUUCGUCUGGUGGCUGUUGGAGAUCCACAUCAUCAAAAUAGUGUCCUCUUACAUCAUCCUGGUGUCUGUCAAAGAGGUGUCCCUGUUCAACUAUGUUUUCCUGGCCUCCUGGGCCUUUGCUAUGCCCUACAGCCAGUUUCGCCCACUGGCUUCCAGUACGUGCACAGUCUGGACCUGCGUCAUCAUCAUCUGCAAAAUGUUGUACCAGUUGGAGUCUAUAGACCCACCCUCAUACUCCAAAAACUGCUCCAUGACUCUGAACUACACAGACAAGCAGGACGAGAAGUCUCUGUUCCAUAAGGAGCUGGUGGACCCAGCUAACUGGGUGGGCCUGGAGAAGUUUGAUCCUCUGCUGGAGAACCUGAGGAACAACCUGCUGAUGUUAGCCAUUCUGGCGUUUGAGGUGACCAUCUACCGUCAUCAGGAGUACUACCGGCUGAGGAACAAGCUCACUGCCCCCGCUGCUAGGAUCAUCUUCCACAACAUCACACGACAACACCUGGACAUGGGCCUAGUCAACUUUGUCAAAUACUUCAUUAACUACUUCUUUUAUAAAUUUGGACUGGAGACAUGCUUCCUGCUGGUGGUGAAUGUGAUUGGUCAGCGUAUGGACUUCUAUGCCAUGCUGCAUGCCUUUGCUUUGAUAGCCGUCAUGUACAGACGCAGGAGGAAGGCCAUCGCUGAAGUCUGGCCAAAGUACUGCUGCUUCUUGGCCUGUAUACUCACCUUCCAGUACUUGGUCUGCAUUGGAAUCCCACCUGCAGCUUGUAAAGAGUACCCGUGGAGGUUCCCUAGCUCUACCGUGGACUCCAAUGUGAUCAAGUGGCUCUAUAUCCCUGACUUCCACACCAAGCCCAACCCAAUGUUCCUUGUCUAUGACUUCAUGCUGCUGCUGUGUGCGUCCCUCCAGAGGCAGAUCUUUGACGAGGAAAACCAGGCCGCCGUUCGUCUCAUGGCUGGCGACAACGUGGAGAUCUGCCGAGACCUGGACGCUGCAUCGUUCAGCGUUCACAACCCUGCCCCAGACUUCAUCCACUGCAGAUCAUACCUGGACAUGCUGAAAGUGAUCAUGUUCAGCUACCUCUUCUGGUUUGUCCUCACCAUCAUCUUCUUCACUGGGACCACGCGCAUCAGUGUCUUCUGUAUGGGCUACCUGGUGGCCUGCUUCUACUUCCUGCUUUUCGGGGGCCAACUGCUGCUCAAGCCAAUCAAAAAGAUCCUGCACUACUGGGACUUCCUGAUUGCCUACAAUGUAUUUGUCAUCACUAUGAAAAACAUCAUGUCAAUCCUUGCAUGUGGGUACAUCAACUCCCUGAUGGUGAACCACUGCUGGCUGAUCCAGCUGUGCAGUCUGGCCUGCACCAUCAAAGAAUACAAUAUCAACACCAACCAGGACUUCCUUAGUCCUGAUAAGAGGUGCGAGCUUCCCAGUGAUGAAGCUGGGAUCAUCUGGGACAGCAUCUGCUUUGCCUUCCUGCUGCUUCAGAGACGCGUCUUCAUGAGCUACUACUUCCUGCACGUGGUGGCAGACAUCCGCGCCUCCCAGAUCCUGGCAUCCAGAGGAGCUGAGCUGUUCCAGGCCACCAUAGUGAAGGCGGUCCGAGCUCGGCUGGAGGAGGAGAACAGAUCCAUGGAGCAGCUGAAGAGACAGAUGGACCGUAUCAAGGAGAGGCAGCAGAAGUUUAAGAGGGGGAAGGAGAAGAUGCUCAGCCUAGCCCAGGAGUCUGGGGAAGGACCCCAGCUCAUUCAGGCCGAGGAGGAGGACGAGGAGGAUGACGGAGAAGAGCGACAGAAAGCCAAGACCACAAAAAAGCAGUGGUGGAGGCCUUGGGUUGACCAUGCGUCCAUGGUUAGAAGUGGAGAUUAUUACUUGUUUGAAACUGACAGUGAGGACAGUGAGGAGGAGGAGGAGAAGGGAGAGGACGAACCACCUAAGAAGUCAGCCUUUCAGAGAGCUAUUGGAAAGUUUGCCUCAGCUCUCUUGGCUUUGCCAAGGUCUAUCAUUAAACUGCCCAAAACUAUACUGCAGUAUUUUGUCAGGGCAGGCAAGUUUCUUUACCAUGCGUGGAUCACAGAUUCCAAAACCGCCAUGAAGGAACGCAGCAAAGAGAAGCGUAAAUUCUGGAAGAGAUACACCAGAGGAGACAAACACAAGAGAGACAAGAAGGAAGGCCACGUGGCUAUCGAAGUGGGAGAGGUGGAGGAGGGUCAGGAGACGGAGGAGGAGAAGAAGAAGUCUGCUGGCCCAGACAACAUCCUCAAGCGGGUCUUCAACAUCAUCAAGUUCACCUGGGUGCUGUUCCUGACCAUGGUGGACAGCUUCACCAAGUGGAUGAACGACAUGUGCAGGGAGCACAUCGACAUCUCCACCGUGCUGCGCAUAGAACGCUGCAUGCUCACCCGGGAGGUCAAAAAGGGGAAUGUCCCUUCGCGAAGCAGCAUCCAGGUGUACUACCAGAAGCAGAUGAUGAUCAACAUGUCCCGGGAGUCCAGCCUGGAGCGCCUCAGCGAGGACGGCUCGGCGUCGGGCUCCCGCAGGGCCCGCAGGAAGCGCGGAGGCUACGGGAUGGAGAGCCAGGACAGCAUGGCGUCCAGGGACAGCCUCUCCAGUGCCUACACUGAGGCCACCAUGCUGAUCUCCCGUCAGUCCACGCUGGACGACCUGGACGAAAUGCCAGAGUGCAUUCCCAAAACCAGCGAGCGUGCCCGCCCCAAGCUGCGCAAAAUGUACGGCCUGGACGCCUCCUACUCCUCGGCCGACAGUGGCAGCAGCGCCGUGUCCAGCGAGGCCACCCAGUGCGUCACACUCUACUCCAGACAGGGCACGACGGACACCAUAGACGAGGUGGAGGACGAGCAGGACCAGGGCCAGCACGGGCCCCGUAGGGAGGGGUCAGACGGAGCAGAGGGCGGCCCCUGGGAGGGGGCUGAGUCUGGGGAGGAGGGAGAGGAGGGCCGGCGCAGGCAGGAGCGUCUGUGGAGCUCCGCGGGUCCUGGAGACGACCCCUCGGCAGCCCUGUCCGGCCAGGACUACACCACUGAGAGCGACGAGGGGGGAGGCAGGCAGGGGUACAUGCCCACAGACGGGCGUGCGCGACAGCUGCACACACCCGACACCGACGCUCUGAACACCUCCGACGCGGACGUGCCGCCCAGUUACAGCAAAGCGGUCAGCUUUGACCGUCUGGCGGUCAGCUUCGACCGUCUGGAGGUCAGCGAUGACGACAGUGACCUGGAAGACAGAAGGCUGAUGGCGAUGACCCCCGACAGCAGGUCGGACUACCUGUCCGACCCCCUGUUGCCCUCUGCGACCACGGAGUUGACCGCCAGCGAACUCCUGCUCAACAAAAUGUUCUAUGACGAAGAGCUGGAGAGCUCGGACAAGUUCUACAACAGCCAGCCUCUGGUGUUGCAGCUGUGCUAUGCCCUGUACAACAUGCUGGUGGCUCACUCUGAGAUGGUCUGCUACCUGGUCAUCAUCAUCAACCACAUGGUGUCUGCCAACUGUGCCACCCUGGUGCUACCCAUCCUCAUCUUCCUCUGGGCCAUGCUCUCUGUGCCGCGGCCCAGCAAACGCUUCUGGAUGACAGCUAUCGUCUACACAGAGGUCACCAUAGUCAUCAAGUACUUCUUCCAGUUUGGAUUCUUCCCCUUCAACCAGAACCAGAAGAUUGACAAGAACAAACCUUACCACCCUCCUAACAUCAUCGGUGUGGAGAAGAAGGAUGGCUACGUCCACUACGACCUGAUUCAGCUCCUGGCCCUCUUCUUUCACAGAUCCAUAUUAAAGUGCCAUGGCCUGUGGGACGAGGAUGAUCCCAAGGAGACUAAGAAGGACCCGCAACAGCGUGCCGAAUCAGAGGACGAGGGCCAGGACAAGGAGAAAGAGAAGGAGGCCGUCCCACCAGCCGUCCAGGGCAGGAGAGGCUCCACCCACACCCUGAAGUCCAUCAACCUGGGAACCUCGACAGACUCUGUGCACGUACAGAUGCACUGUCCCCAACAGCAGACCUACCAACGCCGCAAGAGCUCCAGCGGGGCGUCCCACAUCUCCCAUCGCUCCAGCCACUCAGCACGAUCUAAGAGAGGUAGCACGAGCACCCGGAACAGCAGCCGGAAGGACGGCAGUGAGGCCGGCGUCCAGCCCAAGACCCGCAAGCAGCUGAUCAUGGAGAAGAUCAGGGAGCAGCUGAUCAAAGCCAGGGUUUUCAUCAUGAAACGGGCUCUUGAGAUCUACUCGCCCAUUCGUCAGUUUUUCUACCACCUGAUUCACCCCGAGUACAGCGCAGUGACCGACGUCUACGUGCUGAUGUUUCUCGCUGACACCGUUGACUUCAUCAUUAUCGUUUUUGGAUUCUGGGCUUUUGGGAAACACUCAGCAGGAGCAGACAUAACCUCAUCGCUGUCCGAGGACCAGGUGCCUGGGCCCUUCCUGGUCAUGGUUCUGAUACAAUUUGGGACCAUGGUGGUGGACCGGGCCCUCUACCUGAGGAAGACGGUCAUGGGGAAAUGUGUGUUUCAGGUCAUCCUGGUGUUUGGCAUCCACUUCUGGAUGUUCUUUAUUCUGCCCGGAGUCACAGACAAACGUUUCAGUGAAAACUACGUGGCUCAGAUGUGGUACUUUGUGAAGUGCUUCUACUUUAGUCUGUCAGCCUAUCAGAUCCGCUGUGGCUACCCUACGCGUGUGCUGGGCAACUUCCUCACCAAGAGCUACAACUAUGCCAACCUCUUCCUUUUCCAGGGGUUCCGCCUGGUGCCGUUCCUCACAGAGCUGCGAGCGGUGAUGGACUGGGUCUGGACGGACACCACGCUCAGCCUGUCCAGCUGGAUCUGUGUGGAGGACAUCUACGCACACAUCUUUGUGCUCAAGUGCUGGAGGGAGUCGGAGAAGCGCUACCCGCAGCCCCGGGGACAGAAGAAGAAGAAGGUGGUGAAAUAUGGCAUGGGAGGGAUGAUUGUGGCCCUGCUCAUCUGCAUCGUGUGGUUCCCCCUCCUCUUCAUGUCCUUGGUCAAGUCCGUGGCAGGGGUGGUCAACAAACCCCUGGAUGUGUCUUUUACCAUCACCUUGGCUGGCUUUCAGCCAAUAUUUACCAUGAGUGCUCAGCAGAACCAACUGAAGGAGGUCUCCGAGUCAAACUUCAAGGGCCAUUUCAUGAAGUCGUACUACGGCAAUGAUGAGGCCCUGCAGUGGCUGGAGGGCUACACACCAGAGGACCUGACCAUUGCUGAGCUGGAGGGGAGUUCCAACUCCCUAUGGACCAUCAGUCCCCCCAGUAGGAAUAACCUCAUCAAGGUCCUGAAUGACUCUGAAGAGUUCCCCAUUACUGUAGCUUGGUCCAUUCAAAGGAACUUGACUCUGGGAGCUAAGGCAGAAACGGCGACAGGAAAGCACGUUACAAAUCUGGACGACGAGACCAAGCAGGAGCUUGUGGAGUUGUUACUGGACGUAAACCCUAGCAGCACAAAGACAGUGGUUAUUCAACAUGUUUUGCCUCGUUAUCUCCGAGCUCCUAGUGACUCUGAAUCCAAGCCCAUAGACCAGCUCUACAAACGGGAUGACAAGGACGACCCCGUGUGGUUUAACAUCACCUUGACCCUGAAGAGAACCAACAACGACACAGGGAAGACACAGGAGUGGUGGAUUGUCAACCAGACGGAAGCAGCCCCAUUGAAAAUCAGGAGCUCCAAGAACCAGUAUUCUGCAGGCCUGGAGCUCUAUGUGUUCAGCGACCAGGUCAGCCCUCCGAGCCUGGGAUUCCUGGCUGGAUACGGGAUUAUGGGGCUGUACGCGUCCGUGGUGCUGGUCAUUGGAAAGUUUGUUCGUGAGUUCUUCAGCGGAAUCUCCCACACCAUCAUGUUCGAGGAGCUGCCCAACGUGGACCGCAUCCUGAAGCUGUGCACGGACAUCUUCCUGGUCCGAGAGACGGGAGAGCUGGACCUGGAGGAGGACAUGUACGCCAAACUCAUCUUCCUCUAUCGCUCCCCAGAGACCAUGAUCAAGUGGACCAGGGAGAAGACCCAGUGAGCCUCACCAUGCCCACCACAAGAACACGAGUGACAUGAGAAGUGACCGUGGCACAGUGACUGGCACAGGCCUUUGAGACGGGGGGACUUCUCUCACGCUUCGAGUGGGGUGUAUCUGGCACUGAGCAGUGUCUUAAGAGCUCUUGAGGUGUGUGUGGAUUACUGUCCCUGCUUUCCCACGGAAGAACGACAUGGGAUGACCGACUCCGAGUGUUAACCAAGGGCUUCCCAUUUAUGGAUAAUGACCAUACAGAACCAAUGUGUGCUCACAAUUUUGCAGCUCACUUUUCAGACGGUUUCCAAAUGGAGUUCCUGGAUUGUGGGGUUGUGCAAUAUAUAACUCUCAGCCUCCAAGGCAGUCUAUUACGAAGGAGGACAGAAUCUAGAGGCAGCUUCUGUUCUGGCCAAGAUACAGCAAACCCCUAAAAGGCACUCUGUCAUGUCUGAGACUGAGACGAGCCAGUUUUGAAAAACAAAAUACCGUUAUUACACAAUGUAUACUUGCCUUACUUUGUUAGUGUGAGAGACUAAAAGUGUUUUAGUUAUCAAAUAUAUCUCUCAGGAAAAAACAUCCCAAGACGGGGUUCAGUUAUUCCAUUGUCGGUUCAGAAAAUAAAAGUGUUUAUAUUAUUAUAGCUUGAAGGACGACAUAGGCAGAAAAAUAUGGAUUUGCAUUCUAAAAAGGUGGUCAAAUAUUAAAAGGCAUGACAUGAUACAGGUCAAGGGAAAAAUGUGAUUGAGUUCUGGUGAGAUUGAUGGGCAAGGGACAGUUUUUGGAUAUGUUCACAGUGAAUGUGAUAGAAAAUCUAAUAACUUCUUUGUCCAGUUUGAUUAGAGCUCAAUCCAAGGGGGGCUAUUUUUUAAUCAGGGUAUAAAGAAGCUACUCGUGCAUCAACCGGUAGACUGUCGUACAUCACCUUUUACAGUUAUUAAAAUGUCAACCUCAUUUACAUUCUUACAUCCACAACAGUAACAUUGGCUAUGCCACUAAAAUGGAGGUGGAUGAGACAAGUACCCAUUGACACAAGGGGCAUACACAUACCCUGUGGUCCAAACUAUGCAUUAGAAGACAUUGUAGCAUGAAAAAACUAUAAUAAAGUCAUUUUCAUUACAUGUACAUGGCAUUUUAUGGAUGAUAGUGUGGACAAUUCAAUGUGAAAGUGUACGUGUAUGAUUAAAGGAAAUUUGCUAUUGUGGAAAUGUUUUUUUCCAUUUACCCAUUGUGAAUUACCGCAUGGCAGACAGUUUUUUUUGUGUAUGUCUAUAUUUCAUUUGCUGCCCAUUGGCAGGUAUGAUACACAAGAGGUUUAUAAUUUAGAUCUUCACUGAUGGCAACAUUGAUGUACAGCUUUGAUCUCUCUAAUGCACAAAUACAUCAUAUGUUAUUACUAUUAAGUGACAUUGCGUAGCAGGUAGAGAGCAUUAGAAAAACGCUACACUCAUCAAAAAUAAAUCAGGACUUUAAAAAGCUUUGCAUCCAUUACCUGACUUUUUUCCAAGUAACUGUUUUGUACCACUAGGUCCUGCUCCUCCCACAUUCUA